AUGACCCUGAUCCCGUCCAGUAUCUACGGGCCGAAGAGCUUCCGCGAAUGCUGGGGUGACUACCGCACGGAGGCCGACCUGGAGGACCCUUCUCUGCCACUUUAUCGCUUCCAGCGUGACCUGCCGCGUCUGCCUGUGCCUCCACUGGCCGACACCGUUGCUUUAUACUUAGAGACACUGCAGCCGCUCGUGUCACCAGCUGAGAUCGCUCACUCCAAUGAACUGGCCGCCGUCUUUUUGAGACCUGGUGGUAUUGGUGAGGAACUGCAGCGUCGUCUUGUGUCGAGAGCUAUGGACCGCAAUGACUCGAGCUUCCUCUCGGAGUGGUGGAACACCUUAGGAUAUCUACAAGUACGUGAUCCUGUCGUGUUUAACGUAAGUUAUUUCUUCCACUUUGCAGACAGUGUGCAUGCGGCUCAACGCUCUAAUGUAGGACGAGCAGCAGCACUCUUAAGGGGAUCCGUUCUCUUUGCUCGCCAAGUGGCAGAUGGAUCACUGGAGCCGGAACAAAUAGGCCUAAAGAAGACACCCGUCUGUGCAACAGCCUACAAGUACAUGUUUAAUGCUUGUCGUAUUCCACGACGUAAACAAGACUCGUACAGGAUCUAUGACCCGAAGACGCACACUUAUGCAGUGAUUAUGCGUCACAACAAGUUUUUUAAGCUGGAGCUUCUUGACCCGCGUACACGGGAUCCUUUGGGCUUUGAGGCACUGUGCUUCCAAUUGGCUAGAAUAUUAGAUGUUGCAGGUGCUAAGGAGUCGGCAUUGGGAGCACUUACUUCUCAGAAUCGGGACGUCUGGGCGGAUGCUCGUAGAGAAUUGAUCCGAGCUUCUCCGAAGAACGAGGAGUCAUUGCGUGCCAUUGAGAGCUCGCUGCUGAUUGUCAACAUGGAUGAUGAAGCACCAGUGUCGCGUACGGAGGUAGCACGUGGUCUUUGGCACGGCAAUGGACGCAACCGCUUCUUUGACAAGUGUGUACAGAUUGUGGUCUUCGAGAAUGGCAAAGCUGGACUUCUUGGUGAGCACUCGAUGCUCGAUGGCAUGCCCAUGGCACGCUAUGCGGACUAUUUAUUGUCACGCCUGCAUCAUGGUCAGAUUGACUUGGGUCGCCGCGGACAGACAACUGCACAAUUAGAAGGGUCACUGGAUGCCCCGAAGCAGAUCACGUUUCGCUUUACGGCUCAGACGCUCCGCGAUAUCGCUGAAGCAGAAAAAUGUUUUGAUCAGACGGUGAUCGACCACGAAGUCUUCGUUCAGGCCUUUUACGGCUACGGUGCUCGCUCCAUUAAAGGAUUCCGUUGCAGUCCGGAUGCUUUUGUUCAGCUCGCUAUACAGCUUGCCUACAAGAAGCUGUUCGAGAAAAAUGCGGCCACGUAUGAGGCUUCGCAGACACGAAUCUUUUUGCACGGCCGCACGGAAACUACGCGUAGUUGCUCAGCAGCUAGUGCCAAGUUUACUGAUGUGAUGAUGGACGCGUCAGGUGUCGUUACCACUGAAGAAAAGAAGAAAUAUCUGCUAGCUGCUGCGAAUGGGCACGUUGCGUACAUGCGUAAGGCUGGCGCCGGUCGCGGCGUGGACCGCCACAUCUUGGGCCUGAAGUUGUUGGUUCAGCCUGGUGAGAGCGUGCCGUUCUUUGAGGAUCCAGUUAUGGCGAAAGCUAGUCGCUGGCUCAUUUCCACAAGUCACCUGACUAACGAACUGUUUGAUGGCUGGGGCUGGGGUGAGGUUGUACCCGAAGGCUUGGGUAUCGCCUAUAGCGUUAAGAACCAUUCCAUCCAGUUCAACAUUGCAUGCCGUCAGCACGGUAGCUGGGGAGCUCGAAUGGGCCACCUUCUUGAAGAGAGCCUACUCGAAAUGCAGCUGCUCUUCGAUCAACCCAAGGAAAUUGGUGCCAAGCUGUAG